AUGACCGACACAUCCAGCCACCGGUACGGCGAGAUGUCGUCGUCGUCGCGCUCCUCCGGCUCCGGCCGCGACCGCGAGCGCAGCGACCGUGACCGUGGUGACCGCGGCGACCGUGACCGCGAACGCGACCGUGAGCGCGACCGCGAUCGUGACCGUGACCGUGAGCGCGACCGUGAGCGCGACCGCGAACGCGACCGUGACCGUGAACGCGACCGCGACCGUGAACGCGACCGCGACCGUGAGCGCGACCGUGAUCGUGAGCGCGACCGUGAGCGCGACCGCGACCGCGGCCGCUCGUACGACAACGACGACCGCGAUCGGCGGGCUCGGUCGCGCUCGCGCUCGCCCACGCGCGACACCUACCACCGGCCUUCAUCCAUGGCUGGCAGUGGGUCCUCCUCGCGGCAUCGGUCGUCUUCGCACACGCGUGGCCGGUCGCGCUCGCCGUCGUCCGCCACCGCUGCCACCACUCCGGGCGCCGAGUCCGGCAUGCCGGACAGCCUGUGGGGCGUCCUGCCGAUCGGCGUGCAUGAUGCCAGCAUCCAUGCCGAUGCCUGGCUGGCCAGCUUCCAGGGGGACCUGUCGCACCUGCCCUCGGCCCUGGUGUCGCCACAGGACUUCCCAUCCCUGCUGCGCGGCGGCGGCCCCCAUGGGAUGGAUCCAUUGGCGGCGCAUGCGGCCGCUGCGGCGGCCGCCGGGCACCCACUCCUGGCGGGCCAGCAUCCGGGGGUGGGACUUGGGGGGCUUCCCCCGGGGGCGGCUUCGUCCAUGGCGGCCGCCUAUGGGAUGGCCGGCAUGCCGGUGGAUCCGCUCAUGAUGCCGUAUGUGGCGGCGGCUGCAGCAGCCGCCGGCGGCCCCGGCAUGAUUCCCAUGAUGUCUCCCAUGAUGCUGGGGGCGACCAUGCACCCUGGCCUGCCAGUUGGGGCCUACCCUGGCGGGCAUUUGUCGGUGCCGUAUGGCCACGGGAUGGCCGGGCUCCCGCCCCCGCCACAGGGGAUGCUUUUCCCCGGGGCUCCUGGCCGCGCUGGACUCGGGGGCGCCCCUCCUGGCGAACAACGCUUCCAGCGCCAGGCCAAGCGCAUCCACGUUGGCAACCUCCCGCCCAACAUCGAGCCGGCUCGCUUGGAGGACUUCUUCAACAAGGCGCUGGCCGAAUUGCCAAAUCCCCCUCCGGCCGUCAACGGGACUUAUGUCAUCAGCUCGCAACGGCCACUGGACAAGCAGUUUGCCUUUAUUGAGUUCGCCACUCCCCAGAUGGCAACCGCCUCGCUGAACCUCACCAAUACGUUGAUAGACAGUUACUCCAUUCGAAUCAGCCGACCGAAGGAGUACCACGCCUUGGCCAGCCAGGGGCUGGCCACCGGGCCAGCUGCCGGGGCCGGCGGCCCGAUCGGCUCCGGCACCGGGGCCGGGCCCUACGACUCGCCGGCCCCUGUGGCCCCGCCCGGCCCGGGCAAGCUCCACAUCAAUUCCAUCCCCCGGACCAUCGGCGAGAGCGAGCUCCGCACGGCCCUUGGAGCCCUGGGCCGGCUGCGGACCUUCAACCUGCCCAUCAACCCGAGCAACAACUCCCACCGGGGCUUUGCCUUCGCGGAAUUCGAGACCGAGGAGGAAACCCAGGCGGCCGCUCAGCGCAUCAAUUCGGCCCCCAUCUUCGGGGCGCAGUUGUCGGCGGCUCCGGCCAAUGGCCCGCUGCGGCCGGGGCCCGGGAUUUUGGGCCCCAGCGGUGUCGGGUCGGGGCUCGGUGUACCGGGAGCGUCGAUCGGCGGGGUUGGCCCCGGCGGGGCCCCGGUUGUCACGUCCCAGUCACAUUCCGACCCGGGGUAUGUCUCCACGGUGCUGGUCCUGGAAGAUGUGCUGAGCAAGGAGGAUCUGGACAACGAGGAGGAGUACAAUGACAUCGUGGCCCAGAUCCGCGAGAAGUGCAUGACCUACGGCUAUGUGUCGAAUGUGCUGAUCCCCCGGUACCCGCCCUUUGGCUCGGAGGAGACGCUCGACCAGGUGGGCAAGAUCUUCAUCGAGUUUGCCAAUGUUGAGGCGGCCCGCGAGGCUGGCGCGUCGCUAUCAGAGAUCCACUUCAACGAGAAGCGCAUCAUCACCUCCUUCCUGGACCCGGAGGACUUCGUCAAGAUCCGCAACGCGUUGUUGUCGCGCUCGCGCGGUCGGCAGAUCUGA